UGUCAUCAGCCUCACAGUAGACUGUGAUAAGGAUUCUCACGUCCGUGUACAUAUUCUACUCUUCGUCUCAGAAAAACUUUAAAACUUGGCAGUUAACAACUUCCCACAAUGGCGCGUCUCGCACUCCUCAUCGCGUCCCUCGCGGUCCUGCUGGUGACGGCCUCCGCAGAAAGCGUCGGCACCGGCCCCAAAAACCCGUCGGUCUCCCUCGACAAGGCCCUCGGGUCCAAUGGCGUGGCGUCCGACGUCCCCAGCAACAUCGAGAAGGCCGCUGCCGCCGGCAACUUGGACAAGUUCGAGGGUACGACCGUUGUGAGCCCCGCCACCGACUCCAUGCUGAUGGUGGACGUGAAGAAGGCCGGUUGGAACGCGAUGAAGUGCCACAAGGACCUCGGUGCGCCCGGACAAGGCGCGUGCACGCCCGCGAACUGCAGCAAGGGCGGCAUCCCCGCCAAGUGGAAGACGUCCAACCUGCUGAAGAACAAGCUCGGUGUGGAGGUCUACGUUAAGGGCAACCCUCUCACUCUCAAGAAGGCGUCUCCCCAGACGUGCUGCAACACGUGCGCGUCGUACAAGAGCUGCACGUACUGGCAGUACAUCCCCGACAUCACCAUCGAUGGCAAGAAGUCGGACGGCGCGUGCUACCUCGUGCACGACGACAUCGACUACACGUGCGGCGAGCUCACCGCUCAGUACGCGACCGAGACGAAGCCGAUCGCGCUGCAGGUGCGCACGGGCGGUGAGUGCAACCCUGCCGCGAACAUCGUGAACGACCCCCAUCUGGUGGGCGCGUUCGGCACCCACUUCGACUUCAACGGCCGCCCCGACAAGGCUUUCUGCCUUCUCACCGACCGCGACCUCCACGUGAACAUGCUGCUCCGUGGGUACUACUCGGACGACACGGAGAACGCGGCGCUGGUGGUGGACGGCAAGGCCGUGCACACGUGGAUCAAGGAGCUUGGAAUCGUGUGGUUCGCCAAGGGCGCCGACCACAAGGUGCGCCUGGCGGCCCGCUCCGGCAAGCAGCAGGAGCGUGGCGACGGGUUCAUGAAGACGAUCGAGAUCGACGGCGAGGAAAUCCCCAAGAUGAACGUUGGCGACGAGGUGACAUCUGAGGGUGGGCUCACCCUGCGGUUCGCGGCGCUCGAGAAGGAGGGUCCCUAUGAUGUUGACUACUACACCCUCACCAUCGAUGGCCUCGUUUCCCUGGACCUGAGGCUGCGCGUGGCGAACCCGAAGCUGCAGACCCCCAACGAGGCGGAGGCGCACAUCAACGUGGGCAUUGUGGAGCUGGAGCACACCGACGACGUGCACGGCGUGCUCGGCCAGACCUACCGCCCCGACCACGCCGCUCGCGCCGCCGACUUCCAGCGGCUGAUCGCGAACCUGCACCGUCCGAUCUCGUCCGACAGCGAGGAGGGCGUUGGAUUCCUGGACGGCACUCCCCGGUCGUACGAGUCGAGCUCGGUGCUGUCCGUGGACUGCGCGCACACCGAGUAUCACCGCGCCAAGCAGCUGAGCCCCGUGGAGGAGUUCCCCAUGGAGCCCCUGAACUAAAUGCCCUUCACGGAGGUGUAGUGGUUUAUUGUACGGUGGGUUGAUUUAGUGGGCUAUAUGUGCACACGAAAGAUGUGCAUUUGUAUUGUAGGCUGGCUGUAUAGGCUGUGUGUUAAAUCGAAAAAUUGUGAUUCCUAAUCUCUCCGCCAGAGUAGCUACCCAGAUCUA